UAUCUGUUAUAUAUAUUACAAAGUGACUCAAGAGUGGAAUAUGAGGACUACUGCAGUUUGGAGUUUGAACCUGUUCUUAGGAGUGUACUCAUGGGUGAACCAUUACGAUCAACCUUUUACCUUCAAGUGUCCGCAACAUCAGUCAAUCAACCGUGUCGUCAGUCACCAUGACAACGGAGCUGAAGAUCGUGUUUUUGACUUCCAGUGCAGCCAGUACACGACUGCUUCCGAGAGUUGUUUCUGGUCGGAAUAUGUCAACAACUUUGACCAGCCAAUAGCAUUCCAGUGCCCAAAUGGCGGUGUUCUAGAUGGCGUCUCUAGUGUCCAUGACAACGGACCUGAAGAUAGGCGCUUUCGCUUUUACUGCUGCGAAAAACCAGGAAUGUGCCUCUACAACUGCUAUUACAGCGGUUGGGUAAAUAGUUACGACGGUGAUGUCGAUUAUACGGUACCAGCUGGUCACGUGAUGAGAGGAUGGAUCAGUAUCCAUAACAACGGUGCAGAGGACAGGAUCUUUGACUUUGAUGUAUGUUUGAUGCAGCAUUGCAUGGACACGAAUCCCUCGGGAGAAGUUAUAGGAAAAAGAUAUGUAAAUAAUACAUCCUCAGAUAAUUCUUAAUUAAUAUGUUUAUUAAAUGUCAUUCUCACAAAAAUUAUUGAAUAA